GUGGAUUUGAUUUAAUGGCUCUGAUACACGCAAGUGGUUUCCCCUCUCUCUCUUCACCUUUCCUGAACUUUGCAGCAUGGGUCCAGCGUUCGUACUUAUCGGGCGCUUUCGCACCGCACCAUGGAGUACAAAAACGAAGGCCACAGCGGCGUCAAUCAGCUGGGAGGUAUAUUCGUUGGCGGUAGACCUCUGCCUGAUUCCACACGCCAACGCAUCGUGGAGCUGGCCCAUGCCGGUGCCCGACCAUGUGAUAUCUCGCGCAUCCUGCAGGUGUCUAACGGAUGCGUUAGCAAAAUUCUCGGCCGCUACUAUGAAACGGGCAGCAUCCGACCGCGAGCCAUCGGGGGCUCGAAGCCGCGGGUCGCUACGCCGGAAGUGGUCAACAAGAUCUCACAGUUCAAGAACAACUGCCCGAACAUCUUCGCCUGGGAGAUCCGGGACAAGCUGCUGAACGAGCGGAUCUGCACGCCGGAAAACAUCCCGAGCGUUUCUUCAAUCAACCGGGUACUGCGCAAUCUGGCCGCCCAGAAGGAGUUCAGCAAGAAGCCGCACUCGGCGGACGCGCUCAGCGACGACGUCGGCGGGUAUCUGCAGGGCAAAUCGCUCAACGAUGCCUCCUUCAUACACUACAAGUACGGCGACAGCUGCCGGUCGAUGCAGGGCGCGGAGUCGGUGCUGCGCAUCAACGACACGUACAGCCGAGCGGGCGGUGGCGGUGGUGGACCUGCUGCUGGCGGUGGUGGAGGCGGUGGAGCUGUACCCGGUGGGCCCGGUUCGGAGUCGACCGAUGUGAAGCCGAUGUCGGACGAUGGGACGAAGAAUCCGUUCGCCAAGCACUGCUUCACCAACCUAGACGCGGGGGUGCCGGGGGCGGGCACGGGGACGCCUGGGCAGGGUGGCCCCGGGACGAAGCAGGUCUUCGUCGACAAUGAUACCGAGCGGCUGAGCCUGAAGCGGAAGCUGCAGCGCAACCGGACGUCCUUCACCGUCGACCAGAUCGAGUUUCUCGAGAAGGAGUUCGAGCGAACGCACUAUCCGGACGUGUUUUCGCGCGAACGAUUGUCUUCCAAAACGAACCUGCCGGAAGCGAGAAUACAGGUGUGGUUCUCGAACCGGCGGGCCAAGUGGCGCCGGGAGGAGAAGCAGCGCUCGCAGGCCGUGUCCGAGGGCAGCUCGUCGGCGGCGGCCGCAGCAGCGGCUGCAGCGGCAGCAGCCGCCGCUGUCGCCGUGCAGAACGCGUCCAUCUCCUCCUGCUCGCUGAAUCUCACCGCGCCGCUCGUCUCGCACGUGUACGACUCGAACAUGUGCGUGGAGGACUCGAACAGCAACUACCUGAGCAAAACGUACCCGCUGGAACCGUCGUUCCAGAACCUGGACGCGCUGAAGUCGCCGUCCGCGCCGAACCAUCCGGCCGCCCCGCAGCAGCUCUCGCCGGCCGCCAUGUCCUUCAAGCUGUCCUUCCCGAACGCCAACCCGAACGGGGGCGUCGGCCCGAACAAUGGCGGCGGUGGGGGCGGCGGCGGUGCGGCGCCCGACGGCUCGGCCGCGAACCUGAUGGGACCGUCCCUCGGCACCAAUGCCGGCUUCCCGCACGCAUCUACCUCAGACGACAAGUCGCUGUACAACCAUUUCGCCUACUCGGCCGCCGCCAACAUGCACCACAGCGCCUACUCGGCCGCGGCGGCGGCCGCCGUCGACCAGUCCUACAACGGGAUGUACCUGAAGAACCAGCUGUACAACCUGCCGGCCAACGCCGGCGUCCUCAGCUUCCAGUCCACGCUCGAGUGGAACAAGAGUUAAUGGCACGGGGCCGCCCUCGAGUCGGCUCCCUCGACCGGGUGCGAUCGGUACCAGUAGCGCUACCCGGCCGCACGCGACCCCGCUAAACUGAAGCCUGAUUUCACAGCCAGCCGAUGGGGGGGCCGGAGGGCGAAGAAGCGAUGACGAGUGGCAGUAGAGCAAAAUAGACACACAUACGACACACACACACACACACACGCACACAAGCAGUACAUUUAUACUUGUAAUACAAUUUAACUCGAUGGUGCAUAGUGGGAAUGGUGGGAAGGGGAAGGGUGAGGUGGUAUGGUGGUUGGGUGGAGAGACGAGGGAAAAGAAAACGGAAAACAUGACGAGCGUGGUACUUAGUGCGGGAGAUAUGUUACUGAAAGGAAUGAAAAUAUCAUUUAAAAAAGAUGCAUUCUUUCAUAUAAGAUGGCGCAGCUAACGUGAUCGACUUUGGCGACAGCCUACACAGAAGUAAACUAAAAAGGAGAAAAGGAGAGGAAACAGAUGGUUGUUCUGAUUGUUUGAACUAUGAAGGUAUUUUUUAUAAAAGUAAACACACACACACACACACACACACACACACACACACACACACACACACACACACACACACACACACACACACACACGCUCACACACGCACACACACACACACACGCUCACACACGCACACUUGGUAGCGAACAGGAGCAGUUGGUGCAAAGACAAAAACAAAACACUAGAAACGCCAAUAAAGUAUUAAAACCGCUGUUGCGAACAUGGGAAACAUAUAAGAAAGUAAUGAGCGAGAAGAGAAAAAAAACAUAGAAGAAAAACGUAAAAUAACAACAACAAAAAAAAAAAACGAAAACACACGCACAACCAGCAAGGGCAAGAACAAAAACCCUAAUUCCAUACUUUGAGCAAAAACCACAAAACACAAAAAAAAUGGAAACAAACAAACGGAAUGUACAAUAAAUAGUGAAAUCUUAUUAUUAUUCCUGGCGCAAGGCGCCCAUUGUA